GUAAUCCGCUGCGUCAUUUCGAUUGACACCAAGCAGCGUCAGAAUCUCAAGUUUUUCCUUACCACCAUGCCAGUAGAACAAUCCGGAGGCCAAAUCACCUUGAAGCACCCCAAAGGUGCCAGCGCAGAAAUCCUGCUCUACGGAGCAACAGUCAUAUCCUGGAAAGUCGCAGACAAACAGCACCCAGAGCCUUUCGAGCGUCUCUUCGUAUCGUCCAAAGCACUCCUCGAUGGCUCAAAACCAGUUCGUGGUGGAAUACCGGUUGUCUUUCCGUGCUUUGGAGCUCCUACCCAUCCCGACCAUUCGCGUCUAAGUCAGCAUGGUUUUGCACGGAGUGAGGUUUGGAAAUGGGAUGGGCUUGUGAUGGAUAAUGAGGCUGGGGUGUCUGUUAGAUUGACACUCGAACCUACAUCCAAGAUCACAGCAGUAUACAGCAAACCCUUCCAUCUAACCUAUGUCGUAACGCUCGCCGAGCACCAACUCAGCACCGAUCUCCACGUUAAAAAUGCAUCCACAUCCGACAUCCUCGAAUUUCAAGCCCUAUUCCACAACUACAUCCGUGUUCCCUCCUCCAACGAUGUUCUCAUCCAUCCGCUUCAAAAUCUCCGAUACUUCGACAAGACUGAUCCCGUUCAUCAAGGACUUAAAACCGAGACGCGUACUGGUGUAGACGUAAAGAAAUCAACGGACUCGGUAUACGAGGAUGCGCCGCAGAAUUAUCAAGUUACGUGGCCCGGGGGUGGGGUCAAGUUGAGGAGUGUUAAUUUGAAAGAUGUGGUGGUGUGGAAUCCGCAGAAAGAGGUUGGGAGUAAGAUUGGUGAUAUGGAAGAUGGAGGCUGGGAACGGUAUGUUUGUCUGGAACCUGGAUACGUACGUGGUUUUGAGAAGGUAGAGCCUGGAAAGACGUGGAUCGGACAACAGGUUUUGUCCGCUAUUCGCGAAGAAGGGGGCACGAACCUUUAACGCUUUCGCAUUAAUUCUCUAAUCCCAUGUAUUGCAAGUUAUUCCUUGUCGCUGAAUUGUACAAAUGGAAAUAGGUAUACUAUAAUAAGGAU